AAAUGAGCCUCUGGGGUACACCACCCUUCUUUCUGAAUGCAAAUGUGGGUUUUCUAAUCGUUUUCUCUUCAUAGAUUCCUCCGCCAGAAAUUAUAUUCUCCGAGUCUGCACUUCCGGGUCCGCCAUUUUGCUGCCUCCAUUUCUCCGCGAGGGGGGGGUUAAAGGCCCCCAAAAUAUGCAUAUGUGAAAAGGUCAAAAAGUAACCGUCAGUGACAGGGAGUCUUAACUAGAGAAGGAAACAGGACCAAACUGGCGGGCUCGGUGAAAACACAGCCGGCAGCGUCCCGGACGAGGAGAUGUCUUUGGUGGACUUGGGGAAGAGGUUGCUAGAAGCAGCAAGAAAAGGCCAAGAUGAUGAAGUGAGAACAUUGAUGGCAAAUGGUGCCCCAUUCACCACAGACUGGCUUGGAACAUCACCCCUCCACCUUGCAGCCCAGUAUGGUCAUUAUUCCACAGCAGAAGUGCUCCUUCGAGCAGGCGUUAGCAGGGAUGCCCGGACCAAAGUGGACAGGACUCCCUUGCACAUGGCUGCAGCUGAUGGACAUGCACACAUCGUGGAACUACUUGUUAGGAAUGGUGCAGAUGUGAAUGCCAAGGACAUGCUGAAGAUGACAGCUUUGCACUGGGCCACAGAGCACCACCAUCGAGAUGUUGUAGAGCUACUUAUCAAAUAUGGAGCUGAUGUCCAUGCUUUCAGCAAGUUUGAUAAAUCUGCCUUUGACAUAGCCCUGGAGAAAAACAAUGCUGAGAUUCUGGUCAUCCUUCAGGAAGCAAUGCAGAAUCAGGUGAAUGCUAAUCCUGAGAGAGCCAACCCUGUGACUAUGGGUACCCCAUUCAUCUUCACGUCAGGAGAAGUUGUCAACCUUGCAAGCCUUGUUUCUUCAGCCAGCACCAAAACAACCUCAGGUGACCCCCAUGCCUCCUCAACAGUACACUUCUCAAAUUCUACCACCUCAGUGCUGGCCACCCUUGCAGCUCUUGCUGAGGCAUCAGCCCCCCUCUGCAACUCACACAGAGCCACAGCUAAUUCAGAGGAAAUCAUAGAAGGAAAUUCUGUUGACUCAUCAAUCCAGCAAGUGGUGGGGAGUGGAGGCCAGAGGGUCAUCACCAUAGUGACCGAUGGAGUCCCUCUGGGUAAUAUCCAAACUGCAAUCCCUACUGGAGGCAUUGGCCAGCCAUUUAUUGUAACUAUGCAGGAUGGACAGCAAGUUCUAACUGUACCUGCUGGUCAGGUUGCAGAGGAGACUGUCAUUGAAGAAGAGGCAGAAGAAGCAGAGAAAUUGCCACUGACUAAGAAACCAAGGAUAGAAGAGAUGACAAACAGUGUGGAGGAAAGCAAGGAAGGCACUGAAAGAGAGCUACUUCAGCAGCAACUCCAGGAGGCUAAUCGAAGAGCCCAGGAAUACCGACACCAGCUCCUAAAGAAAGAGCAGGAGGCAGAACAGUACCGCCUCAAGCUAGAGGCCAUGGCCCGACAACAGCCCAAUGGAGUUGAUUUCACCAUGGUUGAAGAGGUGGCUGAGGUAGAUGCUGUAGUAGUUACAGAGGGGGAGAUGGAGGAGAGAGAGACAGAAAUGACUGGAGCAGUAGGGACCACAGAGCCUCAUACUGGAGUUUCCAUGGAAACUGUUUCAACUUAAUGUGCAAGGGCCACAGCUUGUGCUGUGUCCAUCUUUUUCCUCUUUUUAAAAGAAAAUACAAAGGACAAACAUUGUAUAAAAAUUAAGAAUGUCCUAAAGAAGAAAACUAUAGCAGGGUACAGAGUUUGGGCUCAGGAAGGCUCUCUAUGCAACUGGAAAAUUCAAAGCCAAAUUUAGGGAACAAGUCUUCUGAGGGACCAAAAGAAUAAGGACCAAAUUUCUCAGCUCACAUCAUUGCUUGAAGCAUAGAGGUAAAAGAAUCCUGGAUGUUGCAGAUUGAUUGUUUUUUAAAUAACUGACUUUCUAUCAAAAGAUUUUAAAAUAAUAUCCCUAAUAUGGACACGCCCAGAGCCUUUAAUAUUAUAGUUGUACCAUCAAGUGACCUGAAACUUUGCCUUAGGUUUAUGAUGUGUACCUGUUAGAGGAGAAACCUAAUUGGGAGGAGGGAUUAGACGCAAGUUUUGGGGAAGAGAAAGAAAUAUAUUCCACUUCCGAAGGAGCGGGCAGGCACUCCCCACUAUCCUGAGUUAAUUUCACUGAAAAGAAAUGUGUGAUUGCCUGACUAAAUUUGCAUCCAUUGUGUGUCCAUAGCUCAGAUGCCAGUUUAAGAAACUGAAAUAGAAUUUUUAAAAACUGGAAAGGAGAGAAGUGUAUAUAAAUCCAAAAUCCUCCAGGCUGUGCCUCUGCAAUGCUGGAAAGUGGCCAGAAAGAGGCUCGUGGGGUUAGGAAACAAUCUGAUCCUGAGAUACCAACUUUGCUCUGGCUGGAUUUUAUGAAAUUGCAAUCAGGAGGGUAGUGUGUUGUCAGAACAACUUGCUUCCAACCAUUUAUUUAUGUAAUGUCAAGCUUUAAUAUCAACUUUUUAAUUUUAUAAAACUUUGUUUUCUAAGUGUGCCUUUCUGUGGAACUUACGUGGUAUCCUCUCAUAUGCAAGAAAAGACAGGGGGAGAGAUGAAUGCUGAGGACGUUGUAUAGCUUUCUCCAUCUUAUUUGGGUUGAGUAAAUCGCUCUAUUUCCUUAAGGUCGGGCCUUGUGCAGAGCUUUUGUGCCUUAUAGGUGCUCAGUGUGUGCUGGCAGAGGGAGUGAGAACUACCAGUGCCGUAAUGUAAGGAACCAAAGAUUCUGACCAGAUGCUUCGUCACCUUACUGUCUUCUCUCCCACUAUGCCUGCUCCCUUUGCCUAUAUACUUUUGAAAGUGUUUCAUUGCUGGGAUUUCUUGGAGUUUUUUUAAAAAAAAAGGGAAUACGGAUGGAGAGAGAGAGGUUAUGGAGAGGUCAUCAUCCUGGACUUGCUUGCUUGCUUGCUUUGUUGUAAAUUAGAAGCAACCGGAGGGAGCUGUGCCAAGUAAACAUUUGAAUGACUGUUUAGAAUAUGGUUUUCUUAAUUAUCAAUCACGGGGAAAACAUACAUUUUUAAUUUGGAAUAAAAUGUGACAGUUAACAUGGUUCUGUUUACCUUGAUUAGUGAAGUAAUUUGCUGCAGUUUUCCAGAGGUGCAGAAUCAUUUGGGGCUCAAAAUAGACUGAAAACAUAACUCCCCAAACCAAAUUUAACAAACAGAAUUGGCUAUUAGAGGUUUAUAGACAAAAAUAUCAGUUUUUUUUGUUUGUUUUUUUAAAUUUAUUUAUUUAUUUAUUUUGGCUGCGUUGGGUCUUUGUUGAUGUGCGCGGGCUUUCUCUAGUUGAGGCGAGCGGGGGCUACUCUUCGUUGCGGCGCACGGGCUUCUCAUUACGGUGGCUUCCUUUGUUGUGGAGCACGGGCUCUAGGUGCGCAGGCUUCAGUGGUUGCAGCACGUGGGCUCAGUAGUUGUGGCUUGCGGGCUCUACAGCGCAGGUUCAGUAGUUGUGGCACACGGGCUUAGUUGCUCUGCGGCAUGUGGGAUCUUCCUGGACCAGAGCUUGAACCCAUGUCCCCUGUGUUGGCAGGCUGAUUCUUAACCACUGUGCCACCAGGAAGGCCCAAAAAUAUCAGUUUUGAAAUUAAUCUUGGCUGUGGGCUACCGUAGCUAGGUUUUCUCCAUGGACCAAGUACUAAGCACUUCCCAGAUGAUCAGAGAUUAGUCUGCACUGUUGGGGAUGAUGGAGAAAUGCAGUGGAGCAGCCUAGGUAAGGGAGAGGGUAAAAUUGUGGUAUCUGCUGUCAAAUCGUCCUAUUUCUGUUUGCAAUAUUUUUCCUUUUUCUGAGUCCCUUUGUGAAUCAGGUGCUAACAAUAAGCUGCUAUUGUGUGCCAUUUCAAAGCUUUAGCUUAACUAUAGAGGGACCAAGUGUUAUUUUAGAUGUGUUUUGUGUGUGUUCUUGGUGCAUACAUUGACUUUAAUUCCUUCUUUUAUUCUUUCCUGUUAAGGGAGUGGAGGUUAACUGUGUAGAAAAUAUGCAGGCCCAACCACCUCACUCUCUGAGGUAGCUUCUGAUUGAGGGCAGGGAGUUUCCAUCCAACACUCCCUUCUGAGCAUACAGAGUCCCUACUGUUUGGGGGAACUGUUUAGAGUUUCUUAUUAUUCUUUUUUUGUAAGAGCCUAUCAUUCCCACCCAGUAAAAUAUCUAAUACAGCCCAAGUCAUUUUUGAUGAUGGGGUCUCUGAGAUAGGGAGUUAAAGGGGGGGUUGGGAUAGGGAGAGAGAGAAGGGAAAUGUCUAGAAAGGGGUGGGUAGCAAAAGGGCAUUUGUUUUUAUUUACUUGGAAUAGACCUUUUAGCAUCCCAGAGAAGGGAAAUAGGGCUUGAUCUCUAAUUGUAUUGUCAUAGAGAGAAUGGUAGGUCAGGAUCCCUUGAAGUAGUUAGAUUAAAUAUUAAAGACAUGAAUGGCAGUACCGUUGUAUGAUUUUGCGUAUUUUUCUGGAUCAGCCAUGGAAGUUGGAAAAAUGUUGCUAUAUCUUCUGGGUUUGGGGAUUCCAACUGGCUUAUUGGUAAGGUUGGAUUACAGAGAAUCAAACAGACAAAUGGUUCAGAGAUGGUACUUGAGCAGGAGAAACCUGAAGCCUAGGAUGAUUGCCUACUUUAAAAUAAAGCUGCUUUAAUAAUAUCAGUAUUAAUAUAGGAAUAUUAGACCCUACAUUUACAUUUUAGUUUUAAGCUUUCCCCUAAAAAGGAGAAAGAAAUAAAUCUUAAUAUUUCUGUUCUUGUUCCUGGCUUCAGGGAAAUUACUUACAAAUGUAUAAAUGUACAUUCCCUUCCUAUCAUUACCUCUGUGGGAUCCCUUAAUUGUAAUGCCAGAGUUGAGGUCUCUUAAUUGAAAUAUGGGAGAACUUGGCUUUAGGUUUUCUGUAUAUUGAACUCAGCACCUUAAAAGAUGUUCUUUUUCUCUGUCAGAUCUGUGUUUCGUAAUUUUUGCCUUUGCUUCUCCCCCUUUUUCAGCCUUAGCACUGCAUUAUUAAAAUGUUUAUGUCUGCUUAGUAAUAUUAGAAAUCUGUGGCAUGCAAAAUGACUUUCUUUCUUUAUAUUGCUGUAAAAGGAAUGAAUUUAACAGAGGGCUCUCCCGUUGAAGUUAGGUGUUUUGUGACCAGGGCAUUUUUAACACCCCUUUGCUGCAUGUAUAUAUUGUGUAUGUUUAUAAAUACAUAUGAAUUUUCCCACUUUUCUCUUUGUUUAUUUGAGGUUCAACUCUAAAGUACCUGGUAAAAGCUGGAAAUAUUUUUAUUUCAUUAAAAACAUUAGAGAGGGUUUCUUUCAAUUGAGUAAAGGCACUGAGGAAGAAAAAGCAUUACUUUGGCCCUUUUUCUGAGAGGCAUGCUCAACAGGCAGUAAUGAGAAACCUGAGGAGUGAGGCCCUAGGGAGAGCUAGUACCUAGCUUUGCAGAGAUUUCUUUAGCAUACAGUGUGAUGACAUCGCGUAAACUGAAAGAUUCAGAGCAGGGUCAGGGGUAGAGAUGGAGCUGCCUUUCCACAGAGCAAACCUCCUUUCAGCUCCUAUGGUAGCUGUUUUGACUGGCAUUUGUAUAAUUUCUUACACCUCUGAAAAGGAAAGAAACCCUAGAUAAAGUUCCAUGGCAGAAGGAGCAGACAUUCUAUACAUCUGCUUCCCAGUUUAGACAUCUCAGCCUUUGAAGGAAUGAUCAUUUUGAGAAAGCUUCUGUGGCUCUUUCCUAACAAACAACAUUAUGGACCCCCAGAGCUAGAAGACAUGAGGCAUAUAGUGAACUAUUCCCAGAAGUUUAAUAUUGAGUGGGAAUCGGUUUUUGUCCAGAUUUGUUGGAGAAUGGCCUCCUGUUCUCUACUUGUUAUAUAGACAUCUCUGUAUGGCCAGAAAAGGAGCUUUAGAAUGGAAUACAUCUUAAGACCACCUAUGUGCUGCUCUAGGCUCUUAUCUAUUUCCACUUUAUGUGAUCUUUUCUCCUUCUGAGUUAGUACUCUAUUUCCUAUGCCAAUAUAUUUAACAAGAGACCAGGAGCAAGAAGGAUGUGAAUUUGAAUUAAGUAGCUUUAAACCUCUGGUGCUGCCUUUUUUUUUUUUUUUAAGCCUCUCUUAAGAUUAGGAGGUGGGGUGAUAUCCCUAGACUCCAGACUACUACAUAGCAAUUUGGCUUGUUAAUGGCAGGAAAUUGUGAUUCCCUGUCUCUCUCCUCCCCUUUCCCCUCUAACUACUUCUGCGUCUGUGACCCCAUUGUUCUUACCUCAUUGAGUCUUUCCCAGGCACUAGAAUUUAAUUAAUAGGUCAUUUCUAAUCUAUGGGCCUUGUCUUUCCUCUUUCUGUUCCCCUCCUUCCCUACCACAUAUUUUCUGUUUAUUCUUAAGUGGUUUGUUUCUGAGAAUUAAUCUAGGUCAUACCCGAUAUCCUGUGCUUCCUAGUUGGUUUCAGGCAUCUUGCUCUAUCAACAGUAAUGAUAGCAGCAGCUCCCUUCUCUGGCUUUGCCCUGUGUACUGUCCUUCUGCCAAGGCCAUUUGUGUUGGGGGGAGCAGAGAAAGGGUAGGUGGGGUGCCUAGCUUCUUCUCAAAACAUCUUCAGUUUUUCAGGUUGUCUGACAGCUUUAUGUACAGUAUGUUUUAAGAAAACUUAAGUAUACUUCUCUUAUUUAGGAUUUUAAUUAAAUAGGGUUUGAUUCUGAUGAGCAAGUUUGUGUGUGUGUGUGUGUGUGUGUGUGUGAGCAUUUGUGUGUAUGUACACCUAUACAGAUCUAUAUUAUAUAUACAAUUUUUGUACUAUCAUUUAAAAUAAAAAAAUGUUUCUUACUAAAAUGUCAAAGUCUUACCA